GCCUAUUCUAACCUACUUUACAGUUUUCUAUGUUUAUUUUCAGGUGAAACUUGCACAGAACCUUCCAUUGUCCCGUCCUACUAUACUACCUCUGAUGCAGUUAUAUCGUCUGAAGUGGUUUUCAUUGUAGAGAUCUCUCUGACUUGCUCUAACGGGGCACAGAAUGUUGCACUUUAUGCAGAUGUGAAUGGAAAGCAGUUCCCAGUCACCAGAGGCCAAGACAUUGGCAAAUAUCAGGUAUCGUGGAGCCUGGAACACAAGAAUGCUCACUCUGGGGUCCACGAAGUAAAGUUUUUUGAUGAAGAGUCCUAUAGUCUGUUGAGAAAGGCCCAGAGGAAUAAUGAAGAUGUUUCCACCAUCAAGCCUCUCUUUUCAGUUAAUGUUGAUCACAGGGGUGCCUGGAAUGGUCCAUGGGUGUCUACAGAGGUACUUGCUGCACUUGUUGGUAUUUUGGUGUACUACACAGCAUAUACUGCAAAGAGCAACAUUCAAGCGUGA